GAAAUGAAUUCCAUCAUGAAUCGUGGUCGUUGCGUGGCGUGUCACAUCGAGGAACCCGGCAUGAUAGCGAUCUACCAACAUCCACGGGGCGUCGAUCGUCUGUGGACAUACGUGACCGGAAUUAUCGUAAAAGCCAAAGAUCAACUCUGCAUACCGUGUUACGAUGAGCUGCGGAUAGCACACAGAUUCAAGGAAAAGUGUAUCCACAACAACAUUAACCGUUUGGGCUUGGGCCUUCCGCGAAGAACGGCAACACACAACAGUCAACAGGAUACACCGACCAGUGACGAAUCGAUUACCGUUCCUCGAAUGACUCCGGAACCGCUCAUGACGGCACGACUGGGAGAGAGUAGCCAUGUUCCGGUGGAAGAAUGCCGGCCGAUACAACCCCGAACGGAACAUCCACCCAGCAGGCAUGAGUUUGUGAUCAAAUCCGAAUCCCCACCGGAACAGGACGACAUUCAACAUCAACCGACGCUAGGGCCCGAUGUUCCGCAGCUGGAUUGUGUUUCGUUGCUUAACGAUAGUAUUGGCACAACGAACCAAAGUGGCCACGACCCGACAGUGCCGUCAAUUGAUGUGGUGAAAAUGGAGCUGGAACUAUCAUUGGACGAUAUUGGGCUGAGAGAAUCCCUCUCCGGGGACAGUGCAAAUGAAGACUCGGACGAAGGGCACGACAGUAAAGCAGAAGAAAUGACGGAUCCACCCACCGGCUCCGGGUCGGUGCUACCACAGUGUGCCCAAUGCGGUCAAACGUUCCACACACGAACGGCAUUGAAACAGCACCAGCAGUUGGAACACAAGAAAAUACGCCGAGACAACACGAACGCGGUCAAGUAUCGGCGUGUGCUUUCGGGCAAGAUUAAUGCACUGAUGUGCCGGUACUGCUAUCGCGAGUUCAGCGAACCGGAGGCAAAAGCAGCCCACGAGAAUACGCAUCUGAGCGAUCCGAAACCAUUCCAGUGUUCGUAUGCCGAUUGUAACCGCUUUUUCCAGCACCGAUCCGCACUGAAUCGACACUUUUACACGCACGUUACGCCGAAACGGUUCAAGUGCAGUGUCUGCCCGAAACGGUUCCAUCAGCAAAGCUCGAUGGUGGUCCACGAACGGUUGCACCGGGGCGAUAAGCCCCACAUCUGUCCGCAGUGUGGCAAGGGCUUUACGCACGUGUCGAACGUGAAGCGACACAUUCGGUUUCACAAUGGUGAAAAACCGUACCAGUGCGGCAAGUGUCCGGCACGGUUCACCACCAGCACCGAUCUGCGCCGGCACAUGAACAGCCGCCGGUGCAUGAUGAUGUGGUCGCUGAAAGCGUCCAAAUAGUGGAUAGGCGGGGUUACAAGGGCAGCAGAAGGGUUUAUAGGGCGAAAAAGUUUAAGUUUUGUAAUGCGGGAUACACACACCAUGCUUAUUGGCGGUUCCAAUGCUAACGGCCGUUGCCUUUGCCUUUCGUGCAUCCGAAAUUAUGUUAGGGGUUAUUUUUACAUUAAUUUAUAAUACAAUAGUUUAAAGAGUUCAUUUCGAUGGGUUUGAAACCAAAUCUAAUUUCAUUUGCAGUAGCAAUCGUUAUACCAGAUAUCUUCGUUUCCCUGACAGAAUUCUAAAAUCUAAAAUGCGAAUCAUUUAGGUGUGGAAAAUACCUUAAGUUCUUCUACCGAAGCAAUAUCUCCUUAAAAGGAAAAUAUAUUUUUUCUUUCUUUUUAGGUUUAAGU